UGUUGAAGUGGUUCAUUCGGUGAUAUUGACAGAUUGAGUGCAAAGAAAGCAAACAACGCAGCAGUUUUAAUUUUAAUCAAUAAUAAUAACAUUAAAACAGUGCUAGCAAAAUCGAACACAGGUGUUUAAAGCUACAACAAACUUUCUCGGCAACGACAUCUGCCCUGACCCCCUUUGUAGUCAGCAGUAAUUUCAGUACACCUGAACUCUUAAUAAGUGGGCCUGGUGCACUGGAUAACAGUUAAUUAUCUACCUACAUAUAUAUUCAAUAACUUGGGGAACGUGAACAGCAAAGCUUGACAUAACGGUGACGUAGACAAAGGCGAAAUGGAAAUCGCUGCAAGCGUUGAGUAAUUCAAUAAGCACACAUUAAACAGCCGUAUAGAGAAUAAAUGCGUAAACACCUAACGUAUGCACAUGCAUAAAUAUCUACAUAUGCAAUAUGCAUAAGCACUCAUACGUCCUUAUGGUAGUAAACACUUGAAGCUCCAAACGCUGCUAACAAUUUUCAAUUUUAACUCGCACUCGUCGCCGUCAUCGUCAGCAACUACUUUCAUGUGGUGUGAAACGGUCACGCAUCUUAAUGUCAGCUUCAGCUUCGUUCACAUCACUAACUUCAUUAAGACGUAAAAUAAUAAUAACAAUAAGCAACAUCUACGAACUAUAUCAAGUACAGUACAAUAUACAAACAUAUGUAUGUAUGUAUGUAUGAACGUAAAUCGACGAAAACGCAAAAUUAUUAAAACGCACAAACACAAUUCACCUUAACCGAUGUUCAUCUUCAUCAUCGUAUUACUGGCAACAUUGUCUAUUGCCACCAUAAUCGUUUUGUCGGUGGUUGGCCGCUUGGACAGCGGUAAUCGUAAUCGUUCGAAUGAACACAACACAGACUGCGAGCAGCAUAACGUACAAAAUAACAAAACAUCGGGUGAGCCGCUAAAGGAACCGUCACAGAUCGCCAGCAACAAUAGUGGGGAUUGUGGGAGCCGUAUUAAAAAAGUACAAUUUUCGAAUGAGAAUAUCACAAUAGAGAAUCAUCACAAUAACGUUGACGGCAGUGGUCAGCUACACAAUACGCAUUGUAAUAAGAGUAAUCAUAGUGACAUCAGCAUCAGCAAAAACGAAAUCAGCAUGAGUAACGAUACUUCUGCUGAACGUCCCAGCUUCCUGGUUGGAGAUGAAAUCGAUGCCAAUGGACAGGAUGAGGUCAGUGAAGCUGGCGAUGAAUUCCCACAGAAGAUGCAACAUGAAAAUCGCCCACAGAUCGACUUAAUGGAACGUCGUAAACGUUUGAGGCCCAGCAUGUCGCGUGGCACUGGUCUUGGCCAGGAUCGAUAUCAGGACCGAGAUUUUCAUAUUGCCACACCGGAAGAGUUUGUCAAAAAGUUUGGUGGUACGCGCGUCAUUAAUCGUGUACUGAUUGCCAAUAACGGUAUUGCCGCCGUAAAAUGUAUGCGCUCGAUUCGUCGUUGGUCCUAUGAGAUGUUCAAGAAUGAACGUGCUGUUCGCUUCGUUGUGAUGGUCACACCUGAGGAUCUGAAAGCCAAUGCGGAAUACAUCAAGAUGGCAGAUCACUAUGUCCCAGUGCCUGGUGGUGCAAAUAACAAUAACUACGCCAACGUUGAGUUGAUCGUGGACAUUGCACUACGGACUCAGGUUCAGGCUGUCUGGGCUGGUUGGGGACAUGCUUCCGAGAAUCCGAAAUUGCCGGAAUUGUUAAAUAAGGAGGGUCUUGUCUUUCUGGGCCCACCCGAUCGUGCUAUGUGGGCGCUUGGUGAUAAAGUUGCUUCAUCAAUUGUUGCCCAGACCGCCGAAAUACCAACUCUGCCCUGGUCUGGCUCCGAGCUGAAGGCCCAGUACACUGGCAAGAAAAUUAAGAUUUCGAGUGAAUUGUUUCAACGCGGUUGCGUUAGUAACGCCGAGGAGGGCCUGGCAGCAGCCAAGAAAAUUGGCUUCCCAGUCAUGAUUAAAGCCUCCGAAGGUGGUGGUGGUAAAGGUAUACGUCGUGUAGAUAUUGCCGAGGAAUUCCCCGCCCUUUUCCGUCAAGUGCAAUCUGAGGUACCCGGCUCACCCAUAUUUGUGAUGAAACUUGCGCGCGGCGCCCGCCAUCUUGAGGUGCAAUUGCUUGCCGAUCAGUAUGGCAAUGCGAUAAGUUUGUUUGGACGUGAUUGCUCCAUACAACGUCGCCAUCAAAAGAUUAUCGAGGAGGCACCAGCGAUUAUUGCACAGCCCGAAGUAUUUGAGGAUAUGGAGAAAUCCGCUGUUCGUCUAGCGAAAAUGGUGGGCUACGUAAGUGCUGGUACUGUGGAAUAUUUAUACGAACCAGACGGGCAAUACUAUUUCCUAGAAUUGAAUCCGCGUUUGCAAGUGGAGCAUCCUUGUACAGAAAUGGUAUCAGAUGUAAAUUUGCCUGCUGCGCAAUUGCAAAUCGGUAUGGGUGUACCCCUUUAUCGUUUGAAAGAUAUUCGUCUUUUAUAUGGUGAGUCACCAUGGGGCUCGUCGGUGAUAGAUUUUGAAACGCCUGUGAAUAAGCCACAACCAUCAGGACAUGUAAUUGCUGCACGUAUUACAUCGGAAAAUCCAGAUGAAGGUUUUAAGCCGAGUUCAGGUACGGUGCAGGAGUUGAAUUUCCGUUCCAGUAAGAAUGUGUGGGGCUACUUUAGUGUCGCCGCCUCGGGUGGUUUGCACGAAUAUGCCGAUUCACAGUUUGGUCACUGUUUCUCUUGGGGAGAAAACCGAACACAGGCUAGAGAAAAUCUUGUUAUUGCCCUGAAGGAGCUUUCCAUUCGUGGUGAUUUCCGCACCACCGUUGAAUAUCUAAUAACACUGCUGGAAACCAACAGUUUUCUAGACAACAGCAUUGAUACUGCUUGGUUGGAUGCAUUGAUUGCAGAACGUGUACAAUCUGAUAAACCCGAUAUACUUUUGGGUGUUGUUUGUGGUGCUUUGCACAUCGCUGAUCGCCAAAUCAAUGAGGCCUUCUCAAGCUUCCAAACUUCACUUGAAAAAGGCCAGAUUCAAGCAGCCAACACGCUAACAAAUGUAGUCGACGUAGAGCUAAUCAACGGCGGGCUGCGUUACAAGGUGCAGACCGCAAAAAGCGGCUCAAACUCUUACUUCCUACUCAUGAAUAAUUCGUACAAAGAAGUUGAUAUCCAUCGUCUGUCUGACGGUGGUCUCUUGAUUUCACUCGAAGGCGCCUCGUAUACGACUUACAUGAAAGAAGAAGUAGAUCGAUAUCGUCUAAUAAUUGGUAAUCAAACAUGUGUCUUCGAAAAGGAAAACGAUCCCUCUCUUUUGCGCAGUCCAUCCACCGGUAAAUUAAUUAAUUUAUUGAUAGAAGAUGGGGCGCAUGUUUCCAAGGGACAAGCCUAUGCUGAGAUAGAGGUAAUGAAAAUGGUAAUGACACUCACUUCUCAAGAAGCAGGCACUGUGUCAUUCUUACGUCGUCCUGGUGCAGUACUGGAAGCUGGUUCACUUCUGGGGCACUUGGAAUUAGAUGACCCAUCAUUGGUAACAAAAGCACAGCCUUAUAAAAACCCCUUCCCGCAAUCCGACAAUCUACAAGUGCCUGAGAAACUCAAUCGUACGCACAAUAUGUUCAAAGCAAUUUUGGAGAAUACAUUGGCCGGUUACUGCCUACCCGAGCCGUAUAACGCACAACGUUUACGCGACGUCAUCGAAAAAUUCAUGACAAGCUUGCGCGAUGCUUCAUUACCGCUGCUCGAAUUACAAGAGGUGAUCGCCUCUAUAUCAGGUCGUAUACCCGUGUCUGUAGAGAAAAAGAUACGCAAAUUGAUGACGUUGUAUGAGCGCAACAUAACAAGUGUUUUAGCACAAUUCCCAUCGCAACAAAUAGCCGCGGUCAUAGACAGCCAUGCUGCUACGCUACAGAAACGCACCGACCGUGACGUGUUCUUCCUAACCACGCAGAGUAUUGUACAGCUGGUGCAACGCUAUCGCAAUGGCAUUCGGGGACGCAUGAAGGCCGUCGUGCACGAGCUAUUGCGCCAAUAUUAUGAAGUCGAGUCUCAGUUCCAACAUGGCAGCUAUGACAAGUGCGUGGCUUUGGUGCGCGAAAACAGCAAGGACGAUAUGCAAAAGGUAGUCAAUACCAUCUUUUCCCAUGCCCAAGUUUCGAAGAAGAAUUUACUGGUGACAUUGCUUAUUGAUCAUUUGUGGUCGUUUGAGCCCGGUCUCACUGAUGAGCUCGCAAAUACCCUGAGCGAACUAACAUCGCUAAAUCGUGCUGAACAUUCACGCGUCGCAUUGCGUUGUCGCCAAGUGCUGAUUGCCGCCCAUCAACCAGCAUAUGAACUGCGUCACAACCAAAUGGAAUCCAUCUUUUUAUCUGCGGUUGAUAUGUAUGGCCAUGACUUCCAUCCGGAGAACCUGCAACGUCUCAUAUUGUCUGAGACGUCGAUAUUUGAUAUUUUACACGAUUUCUUCUAUCACACAAAUCGUCAAGUUUGCAAUGCUGCGCUGGAAGUUUACGUAAGACGCGCCUAUACAUCCUACGAGCUUACUUGCUUGCAGCAUUUGGAAUUGUCUGGUGGCCUGCCAAUUGUGCACUUCCAAUUUUUACUUCCCACCGCUCACCCCAACAGACUAUUCCCACGCAUGGUGCAAGACGGCGGUGAGCCUGCUACGAAAGUGCUCGGUUCGUCCUUCAUGCGUACCGGCUGCAUGUCUGCGUUCGACUCAUUCGAACAUUUCGAGAUGUAUUCGGAUGAAAUCUUGGAUUUAUUGGAGGACUACGCAUCGCCCGCCUUUGUAAGCGCGAAGAUCUUAGAAGCCGUCGAGGCCGUCGAUUCCAUUUCCGAUGGACGCCUUAGCACCUCAAUCAAUGUCUCACUCUCCGAUCCCAUUACCCGCGCAAACGCUGUGGAAGAGGCCAAAUCUACCGAACCCAUUCACAUAGUGAGCGUUGCAGUACGCGACAACGGUGAUAUGGAUGAUAUACAAAUGGCGCACAUUUUUGGCAAUUUCUGUAAACUGCAUCGCGAUGAACUGUUUCAACGCCGCAUACGCCGCAUUACCUUUGCAGCGCUGAAAAAACGCCAAUUCCCGAAAUUCUUCACAUACCGUGCGCGCGAUAACUUCGAAGAGGAUAGAAUAUACCGACACCUGGAGCCAGCUUGUGCUUUCCAACUCGAAUUGAAUCGUAUGAAAUCAUAUGAAUUGGAGGCCUUACCAACAGCAAAUCAAAAAAUGCAUCUCUAUCUGGGUAAGGCUAAGGGUUCGAAGAGUCCGGAGGUCACCGACUAUCGUUUCUUCAUACGGUCCAUUAUCCGGCAUUCGGAUCUUAUCACUAAGGAAGCUUCUUUCGAAUAUUUACAAAACGAAGGCGAGCGGGUAUUGCUAGAGUCAAUGGACGAAUUGGAAGUGGCCUUCUCACAUCCGCAUGCCAAGCGCACUGAUUGUAAUCAUAUUUUCCUAAACUUCGUGCCAACAGUAAUAAUGGAUCCAGCGAAGAUUGAAGAAUCCGUUACGAAAAUGAUAAUGCGCUACGGCCCGCGCCUAUGGAAGUUGCGCGUGCUACAAGCGGAGCUGAAAAUGCUCAUUCGUCAAUCCCCGCAAGCGCCGACGCAAGCCAUACGGUUGUGUAUUGCCAAUGAUUCGGGUUACUUCUUAGAUAUAGCUAUGUACACGGAAGUCACAGACCCAGAGACGGGAAUCAUCAAAUUCAAGGCAUAUGGAGAGAAACUAGGCUCACUGCAUGGCCAUCCAAUAUCAACGCCUUACAUGACAAAAGAUUUUCUGCAACAGAAACGGUUCCAGGCCCAACAAAAUGGCACAACUUAUGUCUACGACAUACCGGAUAUGUUCCGUCAAAUGACAGAGCGCCACUGGAAGGAGUUCUCGAAAGCACGUCCCACCGUAGACAUAAGAAUACCCGAAAAAAUUUUGAUCGAAUGUGUAGAACUGGUAUUAGAUGAUGAUAAUCUCAUUGAGAUGCAGCGCUUGCCUGGCGAGAAUAAUUGUGGUAUGGUUGCAUGGCGCAUUGUGCUAGCCACUCCAGAGUACCCCGAAGGGCGCGAAAUGAUUGUAAUUGCCAAUGACCUGACAUUUUUGAUUGGCUCUUUCGGCAUCAAAGAAGACGUUCUCUUCAAUAAAGCCUCGCAGUUGGCACGCAGCAGAAAAGUGCCUAGGAUAUAUAUUUCGGUGAAUAGUGGAGCGCGUAUCGGUCUUGCCGAAGAGGUGAAAUCAAUGUUUAAGGUAGCAUGGGAAGAUCCUGAAGAGCCAGACAAGGGUUUCAAAUAUCUCUAUUUGACCACGGAAGACUACAGCAAAGUGGCAAGUUUGAAUUCAGUGCGUGCUAUACUUAUCGAAGAUGAGGGUGAGCCACGCUAUAAGAUUACCGACAUCAUUGGCAAGGAAGAUGGUUUGGGUGUGGAGAACUUGCGCUAUGCCGGUUUAAUUGCCGGUGAAACGUCGCAGGCGUAUAACGAAAUUGUCACCAUGUCUAUGGUAACUUGCCGUACCAUUGGUAUAGGUUCGUAUGUGGUGCGUCUGGGCCAACGUGUCAUACAGAUCGACAAUUCGCACAUCAUUCUAACGGGUUACGCAGCACUGAACAAGCUACUUGGACGCAAGGUUUAUGCCUCUAAUAACCAAUUGGGUGGUGUACAAAUUAUGUACAACAAUGGUGUCACACAUAAGACUGAAGCUUUGGAUCUCGACGGUGUGUAUACUCUUCUUCAAUGGCUUUCAUACAUUCCAGCGUACAUCGGUUGUGAUGUACCGAUUGUGCUGCCGAAUGAUCGCAUCGAUCGCUCAGUAGAUUUUAUGCCAACGAAAUCCCCAUAUGAUCCUAGAUGGAUGCUAGCUGGGCGAGUAAAUCCUGCCAAUUCAAAUGAAUGGGAAAAUGGUUUCUUCGAUCGUGAUAGCUGGGCAGAAAUCAUGAAUUCUUGGGCGAAAACCGUUGUGACAGGACGUGCUCGCCUAGGUGGCGUACCAGUAGGUGUUAUUGCUGUUGAAACUCGCACUGUUGAAGUCGAAUUACCCGCUGAUCCUGCUAAUUUAGACUCUGAAGCCAAAACACUUCAACAAGCUGGGCAGGUCUGGUAUCCAGAUUCUUCUUAUAAAACAGCUCAAGCCAUCAAAGAUUUUGGACGUGAGGAGUUACCGCUGAUAAUAUUUGCGAAUUGGCGUGGGUUCUCUGGCGGCAUGAAGGACAUGUACGAACAGAUAAUUAAAUUUGGCGCUUAUAUUGUGGACGGCUUGCGCGAAUACAAAAAGCCAAUAAUUAUCUACCUGCCGCCAAAUGCUGAACUGCGUGGAGGCGCUUGGGCCGUCUUGGAUUCGCUAAUUAAUCCACGCUAUAUGGAAACGUAUGCAGACCCAGAGGCACGCGGUGGCGUAUUGGAGCCAGAGGGUAUUGUUGAAAUCAAGUACAAAGAGAAGGAUCUGUUGAAGACAAUACAUCGUCUGGAUACGACGACUAUAGCGCUCAAACAAGAGUUGGAACAACUGAACGCUGCUGGGGAUAAGAUCAAUGCCGCACUGGUUGAGGAAAAGUUGAAGACACGCAUCUCUCAACUGAUGCACGUGUACCAUACGGUAGCAGUACACUUUGCAGAUCUUCACGACACGCCAGAGCGUAUGUUGGAGAAGGAAUGUAUUAGCGAGAUUAUACCAUGGCGAGAUUCUCGACGCUUACUCUACUGGCGUCUGCGUCGUCUGCUUCUGGAAGAUGCUCUUAUUAAAAAAUUGAUAAAGGCACAAGAAAGUCUUUCGGUGGGGCAAGCCAAACAAAUGUUGCGUCGCUGGUUGGUAGAAGAUCGAGGUGCCACAGAUUCGUAUAUCUGGGAUAAAAACGAAGAUAUGGUGCAUUGGUAUGAAGAGCAGAAAGGACCUGACUCCGUUGUUACAAAGAACAUAAACGCCGUAAAGCAAGAUGCGAUUAUCUCGAGAAUUACAGAAAUGCUGGAGGAUUGCCCGCAUGUUGCUUUAGAUGCUGUGGUGAGCAUAUGCCAAGGUCUGACACCAAUGAAUCGCGGUACUGUGGUACGUACUUUGGCACAAUUAGAACUGAAUGAGGAGACGACAGCAUCGAAUACGCAGGGAUGAUACCGCACUUCUUAAGCCACAAAAGAAACUGUUCAAGAGUUUUCUUGCAGCUCAUGUACAUAUAUGAUAAAUUAUCAUACAUCCCCAUCUACAAUACGCAACGAAGCUUAAGCCCUUAGUAAAACUGUAAAUAUUUAAGCAAACACAGAAUGAGCGGAUACUUCUUCUUUAUUGCUUUGUCAUCAAUACUUCAUAUAUUUACGCAAGUUGUUUUAAUUUAGUAUAUUAUGUACAUUUGCUUUAUUAAAGAUGAAAUAUUUAAUGAGAAGCUAAAUUUAUAUUUCGAGGGAUUGUUUGUGUGUCCGUUCACAAUUCAUAAAUAUAAGAAAAAAAGAAAGCGGCAGCACAAUAUAUACUUUCUUUAGGCUUUUUUUUUUAAUAAUAUAAAACAGCACGUCGGUUUUCAAACUAUGUUUUGUAUAUUUAAUUUAAUAGCAUAUUUUUGAAUUGUUAAAAUGUACAGAAAUUUAUAAAAAUUAUUAAAACUCUUAGUAAUAGAAAUUUUGAAAUGUAUCCAAACACAAUAUUUAGCCGUGUAAUAAGUGUGAAUUAUCGAACAAAAAGUGGAUGUACAUAUUGCAAAUUGGAAACCUUUUAAGUAUCCACAAGAACAUCAAAAAUAUAUCCAGCCACCGGCUGGUCAAUAUUAAAUAAAUGAAAAUAUAAAAUAUUAAAAGAA